UCGACACCUCGGUUUCUCUUUCGCGCCCGAAAAGCUGGGCGCGCAAGAUUGGGUCCUGGCAACAGCGGUUGGCCAUGCUGCGCUCUAGCUCUAUGCCGACGCGGCGUGCGCCAGAGCCGCUGAAGUUUGCAGACCUUGAUGUCGCCUCCCCGAAAGAUCAGCCGCACACUGCGAAUGCCGGAGCGCCUCGGGGCUUCCGGCACCGCCCGGUGCCGUCCCUGGACGGCGGGCGCUCGCCCUUCGCAGGGCGCAAGGAGCAGCUGCGGCUGCCCACGCUGCUACUCUCCAGGAGUGCACAUCUGGGGGAGGAGGAGGACAAGACGGUGACUUCGGACAAGACACCCACGCCCACAGUGACGCCUACGCCGCGCACACGACGGGUGGGUUUUGCUUCGGGGCCAGGCACCCCUUCCUCCCUCACGGAGAAGCGGGCAGAACGGACCCGCAAGGAGAAGAAGCCUAGUGAGACGAUGGUGAGAUCCAAAUCUCAAGCCGGCCGUGAGAAGACGGUGCUCUUCUGGGACGAGGAGGGCUGCCAGUCCCGCGCCGCGCGGCGGCCCGUGCGCAGGCAGCGAACGUGGACUGGCACCGCCACAGAAGCUUCGACCCCCAGCUGCGUGAGCUACUCCCCCAGCUCGACGCCUGCCUCGCCGGAGUCCGCCUGCUCGGAGCGGAGAGGUCCUCUUUGGACCAAAGGCGCAUCCAUUGGCACUGGCUCUCACGGCUGCGUCUAUAAGGCUCUCGAUACCCUCACUGGCAAGAUAUUUGCGGUAAAGCAGGGGAUCGUAGAUGAUGGGAAUGAUGAGGAUCGGAAAUAUCGAGAGAGGUUGGAAGGCGAGCUGACGAUUUGCAAGGACUUGAGACACCCCAACAUUGUAGAGACGCUGGGGUUCGAGUACGCCAAGAGUCACCUUUACAUUUACCUGGAGUAUGUGCCUGGGGGAUCCAUGUCCUCCAUACUCCACGAGUUCGGGGCGCUGACGGGAGAUCUACUGACCAGGUCCACGUGCGGCGUUCUGCAGGGCUUGAAUUACUUGCACACCCGCGAGCCGCCAGUGGUGCACCGCGACAUUAAGGGUGCCAACAUCUUGGUGGACGUGAACUUCACCGUGAAGCUCAGCGACUUUGGCUGCUCAAAGCGAAGCAGCGUCACUACAUCCUUCACGACCAUCGGCUCCAUCCCCUGGAUGGCUCCGGAGGUCAUCCAGCAGCAGGACGGACAUGGCCGUAAGGCAGAUAUUUGGAGUCUCGGCUGCGUGCUUCUCGAGAUGGCGACCGCCGAGAAGCCCUGGGGAAACGGAGCAUUUGAAAACGUGAUGUUCGCUCUGAGGCAUAUCGCGAUGUCCGACAAGGUCCCCGCCAUCCCGGCUUCGCUGAAUGAAGCGGGACAUGACUUUGCUAGUUCCUGUUUGAAGAGAGAUGCUGACGCGCGACCAACCGCCUCAGAUCUCCUAGGCCAUGCCUUCGUUUCGGCCAGUUGAGUUGACCCGCAUGAGGCUGAGCCUCAGGCGAAACGGGACUCUCUCUCAAGUCUGUCACUGAAAGCAGAGUCAGGGGCGGAGUUU